AUGAAGACAAAGAUCCUUCUUUUCCUUGGGUUGCUAUAUGUUGCGUGUUCUUGUGCUUUCCCUGUGGUUCCAGAAAAGGAGAAACAAGAUAUGCAGUUGGCUAAGAAAUAUCUGGAAAAUUUUUAUGAAUUUAAAGAAGAGAAAAGUUCUCUCUUUAAAUCAAAGAACCUCAAUCACAUGGCCAACAAAAUCCGAGAAAUGCAGUCAUUUUUUGGGCUAGAGGUGACUGGGGAGCUGAAUCCUAAGACACUUGACUUGAUGAAGCAGCCUAGAUGUGGAAUACCAGAUGUCCGUUCAUACAGCACCUUCCCACAGAGCCCUAGGUGGAGGAAAGAAGAUGUGACAUAUCGGAUUUUGAACUACACUCCAGACAUGUUACAAGCUGAUGUAGAGGAAGCAAUUGCAAAAGCCUUCCAGCUCUGGAGCAGUGUCACCCCUUUGAGAUUCACCAGAAUCUACAGUGGUCAAGCAGAUAUCAUGAUCUCCUUUGCAGCUGGAUUUCACGGUGACUUCUAUUCCUUUGAUGGUCCAGGAGGAACUCUGGCUCAUGCUUAUCCCCCCAGCAGUGGGAUAGGAGGAGAUGCCCACUUUGACGAAGAUGAAAACUGGACCAAAUUUACUACCUAUCAAGGAUACAAUUUAUUUCUCGUUGCUGCUCAUGAGUUGGGCCACUCACUGGGUCUUGGUCAUUCCAAUGUCUUCGGUGCUUUGAUGUAUCCUAUAUAUAUGGCCAGGGAUACAAGAGACUACAGGCUUCCUCAAGAUGAUAUUGAUGGCAUUCAGGCCCUCUAUGGACCCCCCAGGGAAUCUUCUGCACUUCCAACAAAAGCAUUUCCCCCACAAGAUCCAACUGAAAUGACACCUGCAGAAGCACCAACUGAAAUGUCACCCCGCGAAGAACCAACAGAAACUACACCCUCCAAAGCCCCCACAAGACCAGAGGACUGUGACCCUCAUUUGACUUUUGAUGCUAUCACCACUCUUCGUGGGGAAAUACUGUUCUUCAAAGGCAGCUAUGUCUGGCGCAAAAGUCCAUAUUUCUCAGACAUUGAGCACGACACCAUCUCCUCAUUCUGGCCAUCACUGACAGCUGGCUUUGAUGCGGCUUAUGAGGUUGACAAGAAGGAUCGGGUGCUAUUUUUUAAAGACAACCAGUACUGGGCUGUCAGUGGCUACAGCAUAGAAUCAGGCUUCCCCAAGCCUAUUCAGAACCUGGGCUUCCCCACCAGUGUUGGGAAAAUUGAUGCAGCUGUUCAUGACCAAAAUACAAAGAAAACUUAUUUCUUUGUAGGCAACAAGUACUGGAGUUUCAAUGAAAAUACCCAAUCAAUGGAAAGGGGAUAUCCAAGAAAAAUAGCAGCUGACUUCCAAGGAAUUGGCCACGCAGUUGAUGCUGUCCUUCACAAAAAUG